AGGGAGAGAGUGAGAGAGAGGUGGACGUGCUGCUGCAGGAAACUCAGUGCACCUUCAUCAUCAUCAUCCUCCUCCUCCUCCUCCUCAUCAUGAUCAUGCGUGAGCCGGGAGCAGAAACAGAACCAGGAGCAGGAGGAUCUGCCCCUUCCCUCUAGACUGGAGGAUUUUACCCCCGCAGCUGCACGCAUGGGCUCCGUGCGGCUCCGAGGAGUGUUCUAAAGGGGGAAGAGUUUUCCGCACCAGGUGCAGAGAGGAGCUGAUCUGCCAUCAUGGCCGGCCAGGAGUGGACCGACUGGUUCGAGAGGGAGGAACUGAUCGGGCAGAUCAGCGACAUCCGAGUGCAGAACCUCCAAGUUGAGAGGGAAGUUGUUCAGAAGCGGACCUUUACAAGAUGGAUGAAUUUGCAUCUGGAGAAGUGUAAUCCUCCUAUGAUGGUGCAUGAUCUUUUCCGGGACAUCCGAGAUGGGCGGAUUCUCAUGGCGUUGCUGGAGGAGCUGUCAGGAUGCAGGCUGCUGCAUGAAUUCAAACCGUCCGCGCAUCGCAUUUUUAGACUCAAUAACAUUGCCAGGGUGUUGGCAUUCCUGGAGGAAAGAAAUGUGAAGCUAGUCAGCAUUGAUGCUACAGACAUCGCUGAUGGCAAUUCGUCCAUUGUGCUCGGGCUUAUCUGGAACAUCAUCCUGUUUUUCCAGAUAAAGGAGCUUACAGGAAACAUAAGGAACCAGUUCCCAUCCUCUUCCAGCCUGUCGUCCAUCCCAACCAGCUCGGACUCGGACAUGUCUCAGUCCAGCACACCUUCGGAUGACAAGAAGCCCUCUGUCAUCGCCAGAGAUCAUGGAAAAGCCAUAAAGACUCUUUUGCACUGGGUCCAGAGACGUACCAGGAAAUUUGGUGUGGCAGUUCAGGAUUUUGGCAAGAGCUGGACAAGUGGUCUGGCUUUUCUUGCCGUGAUCAAGUCCAUUGACCCCAGUCUGGUGGACAUGAGGAGAGCUUUGCUUAGAUCGCCCAGAGAGAACAUCGAAGAGGCUUUCAGGACGGCGCAUUACAGCCUGGGCAUCCCGCGACUUCUGGAGCCUGAAGAUGUAAUGCUGAAUCGUCCUGACCAACAGUCCAUAAUGACCUACGUGUCCCAGUUUCUGGAGCACUUCCCAGGUAUCGAGGAGGAUGAUCCUUUGGAUAUCCUGGAGAGGAAUAAGGUCAGUGCGCGGAUGACAGAGCCGCCAGUUAAGAAUGGAUUUCAAAGGAAGAGAGAAAAGUCUGGUUUAGUGAAGAGGGACUGGGUUCAGCCUCCGCCCAAGAUUUUUAUCUCCUCAGUAGUUAAAGAACAAGAACAAAAACGGUCUCCUGUACCACUCCGAACAGUAAAUGACCGACCUUGGGACAGCGAAGAUUCCUCGGUGGCUUCAAGCCCCAGUACGACUGAAAAUCGCCCCCUGAGUCGUCCACUGGACCUAAACAAAGAUGCUUCUUCUUCUUUGAGCUCCCCUCAGCCGUCUCUGAUCGACUCGGCUAUGGAUUUUCCAGAAUCUUGGCCCGAGACGCCUAGUGAGCUUCCACAGUCUUGCAGCAACGACUCCCUGAGAGAUUCCACCUCAGCAGGCGAUCUGACCUCUCUCGGUUCUCCAAUGGAAUCAGAAAGAGGUCUGCAAGAUCAGGUAGAUUCAGAGUUGUUCAUUGAUGAAGGAAACUUCUCGCUUAGCUUAGAGGCUAGAUCUGCAUUGCUGUCUGAAGAAGAGGAUGCUUAUAGAUACAUUUUAGAUCUUAAGGAAGAAGAAUCUGCGAGUGACGUACCCUGUGAGGACAUCUUGAAAAUCUCAAAUAGCCAGCCACCGUGUCCCGAGACGAAUCUAGAUAAUCCUACAACUUCUGAUCCUUUCUAUGGCGACUGUGACUCUGGGUACUAUCCAGAUCAGAAGGAGGUCUCCACAACUCAACCAGAUGAUGCGAAUAAGAGUUCGGUACCCGUUAGCUCUAGUCAACUCGUUGCUGAGGAUAAAAAAGAAUCUGAGAACCUGGCUAAAAAUCUCGAAGAAAGUCUUAAACCUUCCGCCACUGAAGAUGUCCCGAAAGCCGCUACCGAAUCAGAUCCAGCGUGCAUUUUUGAGGAUGACCAAGAGUGGCCUGUUGUUCAGUAUGAAAGGAUUUCCAUUUCAGGAAGUGAAGAGGACCUUGACGAACUUGGCACGGAACUGCGUGAAGAACCAUUUGUUGACGAAAUGGAGGAAAAUCUGAUGCCUACUGUGUUAAGCGGUGGAAUGGAAGAUGUUGCUGCGGAGGAAAAUCACCAUUUUAGAAAGACUAAAGUUGUAGAACCAGAGCAGGACAGUGCAAAGCCAGAAGAUCAAGCAGAUCAGAUCGGUACUGAAAUUGAUCCUUCUCAGAUCCUCACAAACAUCAGCCAGCCUGGAGAAGCGGACACUGAGGCAGAGAUCCAAGAGAAAGUAGAUCACACUGAGUCUGGAGCUGAGGAUUCAAGCCAAACUAAAGAGCCAGUGCUGAAAGAUAUGAGUGAAUCCAUUCCACAGGGAACCGACAGUCUGGUGGACACAAACUUUCCUAAAGUUGAUGAAGAGAAGCCAGAAUUCAGUCCUGUGAAGACAUUUGAGGAAAAUGGUGAGAAUAUCACCAGUGGUGAAGAACCAAGUCAGGAUGAUUUAAGCCUUGUUCAGGACGAUGUCAUGGCUCAAAGCAAGUCAGACGAAGAGCUGGAUGUGACCCAGAGUCUUCCUGAGACUGAACUUGUUCCUCAAAAUGGGACCAUCGAGGACGAGUGCGAAGACGAGAAUGUUAAGCAAGGCGACGCCUCAUCUGACAAUCUGCAAAAUAUCAGUGACACUAAGGCUAAAGAUGACGCACUGAUUGAGAGCGACACGUCAAAUCUGGUGUCUCCGACUUCUCAGAGUAAUGCCCUCGUACCUGACGUCUCCACAUCCGAGAUCAUGGACGAGCCAAAUCCCGCUGCUCAGUCUUGCGAAGAAGAAGAAGAGCAAUCCUUCAGUCCUCCGACUCCCGGCACAGUAGACCAGCCGUACGAGGAUGAAAAUGAAGGACAUGCCGCUUGGGAGCAGACCAAGUUUCUGGAUGCGGAGCGGGCGGAGAGGUGCCGUGCGGAGCUCCGGCUGUCGCUCAGCGUGACCCCUCUGCAGCCCGCGCCCUCGCAGCCUGCGCUCACUGACUCUGACAGUGCGCAGGAAAAGGUGAUUACCGUAGAUUACGGGGUUGUGGAGUCUCCGGGACAGAGUCCGUUCAGCCUUUGGGUUUCGCACCCAGGAGAAUGGGGCUUGGUAGAAACGGACCUGGACGCAGAGAUCGAGCGGAACAACCGAGAAGAACGGAAAAGGAGAGAGGAACCAGAGAACGAAGUCUCCACCUCUGCCAGAGAAGACAACUCGGACACGCUGAGUCAUUCAAACAAGGAAGAAGCUGCCAGAGAGCAAAGCACUGAAGAUGAAAACCAGCCACCGGUAGUAAUAGUACCAGAAGUGGUGGACGUGAAGGGAAUUAAAUUCAAUCCUGAGAUUCAGCCCAGAGAAAACGGAGAAACCCCCGCACCCAUCACGGCAAAUCACACAGAUGAAAGGUGUGUGAUGUGUAAUAAGAAGGUGUGCAGUGCUGCACGGACUCCGCAGCGUCCGAACCACCCGGGGCUCUCCGAAGUCGACUUCCUGCUCCUCAUGUGGCUCCUCCUCUACUGCCUGCUCGUCCUGCCUCACAUGGACAUACGGACGAUUUCCCGCUUCCUGCUCAACCUGGACGAAUGAGAACGCGGGAUCAGAUUAACUAACGCAGGCUUCUGCUUGCUUUCUUCCACAGCUCACGUAUUGCGAAUGAAUGUUUUCGGAGAACUGACAGCACGUUGCCAUAUCUGUACGUUUUAAACGCCCACGCAUGGACUCAUCGAAAGGGUGUGUUUACUGUUGAAGGUUGGUUUUAUUUGGUCGACAGGUUGCCAGGUUUACAGCCUAGACACUGCAUCUUAUGGACACGAAUGCUUUAUCAAGUCAAUAUUUUAACAAGAGAAUUAAUAUUAUUAAAAGUAAAUAAUUAUUAUUGCAGUUUUGGCCUUCCGUAUGGUAACGCUUCUGCUGUUUGACAUUUUGUGCACUUAUUUUAUUUUAAUCUCGUAACUGAAUUGAUAUCGCCAGUAAGGAGUUAUUUGAUACACAACCUGCAAUCAGACUGUAUUUGUUUUUUGUUUUUUUAAUGUUUUGUGUAUUUUUUUUUUUUUUUUUUUUACUUUUGAAUUAAAGUCUGGCUCUUUAUAAGAACUGCUAAUGGAAUUUAUUUUGGAAUUAAUUUGAAGGAAACACCCUCGUUUAACAAAUCACCUAAUGAACAGACAGGAUUGUGGCUUCAACUGCAAAAAUGAUUGUAAUAAAAACAAAAAUCCCAUUAAUCUUGCGAUUACAAAGCCGGAAACAUUUUCUUUUUUUUUUUUUUGCAGAGCGGCACAAAAAAAAGUCACGAAUAUUUCAGGGAGGAAUUUUUGUUAUGAACUAACAAGAUGAAAAUGUCACAUAUGAUUUCAGGUUUUAAGAUGAUAUAUAAAUAUAUAUUAUAUUAUACAGUUCUGCUCAUAAAUUUACACACCCUGGCAGAAAUUUUUUCAAGUUGUGUCCCAAUUUUUAAAGGAACUGUGGUUAUCAGACCAAAUACAAUCAUUUUUAAUAAGAUUUAAAUUCUAUAACUAUAAAACAUCAAGGAAUAAAGCAGCCCUUAAACAAAACGUUAAAGAAAAUAAUUUGGUGGUCCUUGCUAAACAUUUGCAUAGCCAUAGUUCUCAGUACUGCCCCCUUAGCAUCAACAAUGCCUUGGUGUCUUUUGUGAUAAUAGGUUGAUGAGACCCUUUAUUUUUAACCUCCAUGUUUCACAAUAGUUAUGGUGGACGUCUUAUCAUAGUCUUUGUUGAUUCGUCUCUAAACAUAUCGUUUAUGAAUUGUGGCCAAAAAGUUCCAAUUUUGGUCUUUUCACUUGUAAUGACUUUGUGCCAGAAACUGUCAGGCUCUGGGUAAUGUCAGGGGGCUGUUUUUAACUACUUUUUUACUGCCAACUUGACCAUGCAGCCUGUCUUGGUUUAACUAACUCCUUAUUGUGCAUUUGGGAAAAGUGACACCAAGUUUUAAUUCAGACAAGCCUGUAUUUCAGCUAAGAUUGACCAUUUUUCCUUUGCAUCCCGAAUAAUUUUCUUGUCUAUGGGGCUAAAACUGGAAAUCCUUUUUUUUAAAUAUCAGUUCUACUUUUUCUUUAACCCCUAAGAACCCAGACCAGUUUAAGGGAAAGUAUGGAUGAUGUAACACAGACCAAACAAACCAUGUGUUUGGAAGAUAUUUUGAAAGCUGCCACAUGAAAUUGUUAGCUCAAAUAGUUAAGGCUAUGGGAUAGUGAUCAGAAGGUCAGGGUUCAAGCACUACCAAGGCUGCCCCUGUUGAGCACUUGAGCACGGCCCUUAACCCCACCUGCUCCAGUCUCCUGGCUGACCCUGCGCUCUGGCCCCAGCUUCCCAAAUGGGAUAUGCAAAAAACAAACAAACAUAUUUUCUUAAUUUAUUUAACAUCAAUUUGUUUAAGAAAUUUAAUGCCAUAUUUAUAUUUAAAAUAUAUAUAUAUAUAAAUCAUAUUUAAUAAGUCAAAUUAUAAAAUAUGAGACCUUAUUAAAUCGGUAAAAUUAUUAAAUAGGAUGGAACUUAUUUUUAGUUUCAAAAAGGAAUAUUCCAAUCAUAUAUAUAAUAAUUAGCUAUUUGUGUCACAUGUAUACCAGUUCACAGAUUGUCACAUGACUGCACUUCAGGACUUUGUGAGUUAAAUUCGAUUGUAAAAGCUGAAUAAGGAACUUUCCAGACCAUUUAAAUGGUUUUAUGGGUUUUACGGUCUUUUGGCCCUUGUUUUGCCUUCCCCAUGGCUUCGUGCUCAGUGAUUGAAAUGUGCUUUUUUAAAUGUAAUUUAUUUAUUUUUAGCUCAAAAACUCAUUUACUGUAUACACAGAGACACUAAUUUUGUACACUCAGACCAGCCAGAGGCGUGAAAACUCUUACACUUAAUAACUUAUUAAAUCUUUGUGUUUCAGCUUGUGUGUAUACUAUCAGCACAAAUAUUAAAGACGAUUUAAAUUUUAAAUCUUUAAUUUAUUACAAUAAUCAUUUGAACUAAAAAAAAAAGGGCUCACCUCAACACUCUCCUUAAAUCAUGCUUUAAAAUGUAUUUCUGGAUGAUUGAUCAUAUUUUUCUUUAAAGAAAGCGCCAUAUUUCACUGCCAGGGUGUGUAAACUUAUGAGCAUACACCAAAAACAACAAUAUAUUUUUGAAAAAUAAAUUAUAAAAUAAUCAUCAACGUGUGCCUAAAUGCUGAGGGGAUUUGAAUUAACCUAUAAUAAUGACGUCCUCUUGAGUGUGGUACAGCCUAGUGAAAUUUCAAUUUAAAAUGCACUUUUACAGAAUCCACGACUUUUAACCCACAAGUCUCUGAAUAAGCUUCGGCGGUGUCAAGUUGAACACGAAGCGCCAAAAAAGAAUCCGCCAAAGACUUUAGUUUGCCGCUCAGAGGGGCCGAAAAAAAGUGUGAUGGAUUCGCUGUUCUCUUUAUAAUGAAGUAUUCGAUAUUUCUGUGUAUAUUUUACAGCACAUCGAUCACGUCUUCUCUGCUCAGUUUCGAUUAUUACGUGAGGUCUGUAUGUAUUUGGUAUUAUAUAAGCCAUUUCAAAGGAAGUGCUUUUAUUCCUGUUGAUAUGUUGCGUUUGUAUUUUUUUCCCUUUAUAUGUGUAGAUAAGUUAGAGAUAAUCAUUUCCUUAAUGCUGUAAGUCCAUAGACUUUGAUGAAGUUUCACGGAUUUGUAUCGCUUUACAGAACUCCGAUUGCUAGCACUGUGUGUGUGUGUGUGUGUGUGUGUGAAAUUUGAGCAGAGGCGACCUUGUGGAAAUUACUGUGCGUCUUCUAUCCCUGUAAGACAUUUCUGGAAGUCGUGAAAGGCCCGCUUCGAUGAUCUCUGCAUGAGGGUUUUGUGGUUGCGAAACAAGUUUUAAGUUUUGUAAAAGCUAUCUGGUAAAAUCGGUACUUCACUUUUGUAUUUGGAGAUCCUUGUGCAAAUAAAUUACGCGCCUCUUA